CAGCAACCAUGGCCCUGGUCACCCUACAGCGAUCCCCGACCCCCAGUGCUGCCUCCUCGGCCAGUACUAGCGAGGAAUUUGGGAAUGAUGAUGAUCGGAAAACUAAUCUAAGUUUGAGCGACAGCUUUUUUAUGGUGAAGGGUGCUGCCCUCUUCCUGCAGCAGGGAAACAGCUACCAAGGACAAAGGAGUCUUCAACACUUGCACAAGAAUGCUGGAGAUCUACCUCAACACCUCCAGGUGGUGAUUAAUCUUCUCCGUUCUGAGGAUCGUAUCAAACUGGCUGUGCGUCUGGAGAGCAGCUGGUCAGAUCGUGUACGUUAUAUGGUCGUGGUGUACAGUAGUGGACGGCAAGAUACGGAAGAGAAUAUACUUCUGGGGGUGGAUUUUGCCAGUAAAGAGAGCAAAAGUUGCACUAUCGGGAUGGUUCUGCACUUGUGGAGUGACACCACCAUUCACAUGGAUGGGGAUGGUGGGUUUAGUGUCAACACUGCGGGAAGAACCCAUGUGUUCAAACCGGUAUCUGUCCAAGCCAUGUGGUCAGCACUUCAAGUCCUGCACAAGGCCUGUGAAGUUGCCAGACGAUACAACUACUUUCUUGGAGGGCUGGCUCUUGUGUGGGCCUCGUACUAUGAGAGCUGUAUAUGCUCUGACCAAAGCUGCAUCAAUGAGUGGAACACCAUGCAGGACCUGGAGUCCACUCGGCCAGACUCCCCCAUUCUCUUCAUGGAGAAGCCAAAUGAAGGUGAAAGGACUGAAUGGGUCAUCAAAGCAACUUUGCGGAGUAUCAUGAUGGGCAAAGACUUGGAAAAUGUGACUUGUAAAGAAAUUCGAAAUGAGCUAGAGAAGAAGCUGAGCUGCAAUUUAAAAGAGUACAAAGAAUACAUAGACAACGAGAUGCUGCUGAUUUUGGGACAAAUGGAUAAAGCGUCUCUUAUAUUUGAUUACCUUUACUUGGGAUCUGAAUGGAAUGCAUCAAACCUGGAGGAACUCCACAACGCUGGAGUUGGCUACAUACUUAAUGUGACGAGAGAGAUAGACAACUUCUUUCCUGGCCUUUUUGCCUAUCAUAACAUUCGUGUUUAUGAUGAGGAGAGCACUGACCUGCUGUCCCACUGGAAUGAUGCCUAUAACUUCAUUAACAAAGCAAAGAAAAAUAAUUCCAAGUGUCUAGUGCACUGUAAAAUGGGAGUCAGUCGCUCAGCUUCUACAGUCAUUGCUUAUGCCAUGAAAGAGUAUGGCUGGUCCAUGGAGAACGCAUACAGUUAUGUCAAACAAAGGCGCAGUGUCACCAGACCAAAUUCCGGUUUUAUGCGUCAACUCUUGGAGUAUGAGGGAAUCCUUGAUGCCAGUAAACAACGACACAACAAAUUGUGGAGGCAACAAGUGGACCAGGAUAUCCCUCAAACUGACUUAGAAGAUAUCUUUCCGACAACAUUUCAGGCCAAUAACAUGGAGACUGAUCUUGAAUACAGAAUAAAUGAUGAUGAUGAUGCGCAUCCAGUUAUGUCUGAAAAAAGAUGUUGUGGGACUCUUACUAGCACUCAUGAACUAUUUGAGCCACCAAAUGUGAUGCUUGAAGUGGAGGAGCUGGAGAAAGAUGCCCUUCUGGAAGACGCCCCAUUUCCAGAGCCAUACUGCACAGUUGAAGCCAAAGAGAAAAGUGAUUUUGAUUUCAGAACGUUGGAGGUGAGAAAGAAGCUGUAUUUUGAAGGCACCUUAACACCCCCAAAUUUUGGUGAUGAUCUAAAAUCAACCGAAUAUGGGAGUAAGAAUCAGGUUGCUGCCUUAGAAUGUAACGGAGAGGAACUGCGAGCAAGCAAGGAUUUCUAUAAUUGCAGCAGCAAGAGAAGUUGCCCGAAAGACAGUGAGGAGGAUGCCAUUUUUGGAAUCCUGAGCAAAGUUAAACCUCGAUAUCCUUCUUGCACAGACUGUAUGUACCCAUCAACUGCCAUGACAUCUGACGCAUAUGAAGAACCUCAGCAGCUGGAUUCUGCUGAAACCCCAACCGUGUGCAGUCAGCCCGCACUUCUACAGCAUAUGACUUCGGUAGUGUUAAACAGGAUGCAUGGGGACACAUUUUCUAAAGGAGCACAAAUACCAAUGGACUCGCAAGACUAUAAUGCAUCUCCUUCAAAAACUGAUCAGAACUUCAACGAUUCAGUUGAAUUAAAUGAUGUAUUUGGUCAAGUAGGUUCUUAUGAAAACCUUGCUUCUAAAAGGGAUUCCAAACCUGCUAAGGAUCUCAAGUAUUUAUUUUUCAGCAAAGAAUUGGAAAAACCUGCCAUGCAUAGCUAUUUAAUGCAGCACCAGGAAUCCAUUAUUCAGCUACAAAAAGCUGGGUUGGUCAGAAAACAUACCAAAGAACUGGAACGUCUAAGGAGUGAAAGCUCUUCUGUGAUUAAAGAAUGUCCCCUAGACAAAACAGAUUCCAGUAGUUAUAUAGAUGGUGAGGGACAAGCGGAGUCUGGUAAGACUAAUAAAGAGCCGAAAGAUUUUGAAAAACUAGAAGUGGCUGAUGUAUUGGAGAUGGGGUUUAUAAAAACUUCUACUCCUAGCUCUUGUAAAAUGGAUUUAAUGAGUAGCUAUACAAAAGACUUUCUAAAGACCAUUUGCUAUACACCAACGUCCUCUUCUAUUAGUUCCAAUCUCACCCGAAGUUCAAGCAGUGACAGCAUUCACAGCGUACGUGGCAAACCAGGACUUGUUAAACAGAGGACUCAAGAGAUUGAAACAAGGAUGCGCCUGGCAGGUCUUACUCUUUCGUCCCCUCUGAAGAGAUCUCACUCUCUUGCCAAACUGGGAAGUUUAAAUUUUUCAUGUGAUGACCUGUCGUGUGAUGCAGAUCAUUUCCCAAAGAUCGACUAUAAAAGCACUAGUUUUAGAGACCACAGUGUCUGUACAGAAACCCCAUCAUCAUCAGGGACAACCGAAACCACAUCAGGUCACAUGGAAUCCACUAGCUCAUCCAUCACUGAGACAGAUCAAAGAUGAUGCUUUUCUUUUAAUGUUUACUUUCUAUAGCCAUUGUUGCUUUUAUUGUACAUCUGAACACAAUGUGAGGUAUGGGUCUGUGGGACUCCAGAACGUGUUGCUUUUAAACCCAUGGCACAUUUUCGCGGCUAUAACUGUACAAAUAAGAGAAUAUUUUGUGACAAUAUUUACUUUCUUGUUUCUUAAUUUUGUUAUAUGUUUCCUAUUUUAUUGCUACUGCCAAGAAAGGUACUAUUUUGUAUUUAAUUUCUGAUUGAGAUCCACAAAAGCUUGUGGAGAAA